UUAAAGCAUAAAUGAAAAGGCUUGCGUAGUUAGAAGAUCGUGUAGUAUAGCAAAUUAAGUGAUCAUAUCAUAUCAAAAUAUGGCUUUCACUACUUCUUUUACGAUUCUCAUAUCUCUUCCUCUUCUUCUUCUUCUUCAAUUUUUGUCAGGGACUCAUUCCACCACGUUCACAGUCAUAAAUAAUUGUAACUACAACGUAUGGCCGGCCAUUCUAUCAAACUCCGGUUCGCCGCCGAUUUCUCUGACCGGAUUCGCCCUCAGCCCAAGCGAUUCAGAGGCCAUCCCAGUACCACCUAACUGGUCAGGCCGCUUAUGGGGCCGAACCCACUGCGCCGCCGAUAUCAACGGGAAAUUCACAUGCCUCACAGGUGACUGCGGCUCCUCCGCCGUGGAGUGCGGCGGAGGAAACUUAUCUCCGCCGGCGACCACAGUGGAAUUCACCCUGACCGAUGACGGGACGGUUAACUAUCUGAUCAGCGUGGCCGACGGUUACAACCUGCCGUUGAUGGUGGUGCCCCAAGGUGGGACCGCCGGACCCGGAAACUGUGGGACUGUUGGGUGCGUCAUGGACUCGAACUCGGAGUAUAUUCCAAAGGAGCUCCGAGUUACGUCCAGUACCGGUACCGGUAACGAAAGUACGGUGGCGAUAAAGAGUGCGUGCGGCGGCGCGUCGGGACCAGGUAAUUGUAACCCAAAUUCUAACUCGGAGCUGUUCAAGAAAUGGUGCCCUCAAGCUCAAGCUUCUGCUUAUGAUAAGAGUAGCAGCAGCACAUGUCAGUCUUCCGAUUUCGUCUUCCAUUUCUGCCCUUCUGGUUUUCCUGCCACUCGCAGCAACAACGGUGAUAAUAUGGGAGGAGGUCAAGGGGCAUCAUCGGAUGAUCUUGGGAAAGACACAAGUUCAACAUUUGGAAUAGUGAUUGGUGUGGUGGCUGGAGUGAUAGGGCUUGUGUUGUUAAUUUGGCUGUGGCGUCGAUACUUGAAAUCUGGGUGUGAGUUUCAUCCAUGCACAUGUACUUGUUGCGGCUUAUUCUCUUGUACUAUUUGUGGUGAUGACUAGUUUUAUUAUCACUGUAAGCCUAAAUUAUAUCAAGUUUGUAGUCACCAUGAAUUGUUAAUUCUACCAAGUGUGAUAUUUUUAUGUUUGGCCAUUUUUGAAAACUUUUAAGUUGUAAUUAUUGAAUCACAAUAGUUAUUAGAUCGAUGCUUGUUGUAACUUAAUUUGAUGAGGCUUUUAAAUUUUAAAAAUAUUGUGAUUAAUUUAAUGCAAUAUUGUUUUCUGAA